CCACGCAGCCGCGAGGACUCGGAAGGCAGAGUCGCUGGAUGGAGUCCGCCGUCAGUCCGUCGGGCUCGAUGAAAGGACGCGCACCUCUGGCCGCUCUGCGGACGCGCUGACGUUAGCGUCUUCGGGAAACAUUAAAGCUGCGGUAGUUAAUAGCCUAAGUGAAAGCCAAGAAAUAUGAGAAGUCGCGGUUGCUCUGUUUCCUUCGCACUUUUAGGUAUUUAUUUAAAUGCUUUUUAUACAGUCCAAGGUGACUACUGCAAGGUGAACGUCUGCCAGAAUGGAGGGACGUGUGUUACUGGGGUGGGAGAAAACCCCUUCUUCUGCAUCUGUGCAGAAGGCUUUGGAGGAGACACCUGCAACGAUACAGAGAGCGGCCCCUGCAGCCCCAACCCCUGUAAAAAUGACGGCAUCUGUCAGGUCACCACCGAGUCGCGGCGGGGAGACGUCUUCGGCCAGUACGUCUGCAAGUGCCAGUCUGGAUUCGAGGGCAUGCACUGCCAGAACAAUGUGAAUGACUGCGUGAGCCAGCCCUGCAAGAAUGGAGGAAUCUGCCGAGAUCUGGAUGGGGACUUUAGCUGCAGAUGUCCCACGCCCUACGUUGGGAAACACUGUCAGCUGCGAUGCAUCUCUCUGCUGGGGAUGGAGGGGGGUGGGAUUUCUGAGUCCCAGAUAACGGCUUCCUCGGUCCACUACGGGGUCCUGGGCCUGCAGCGGUGGGGCCCCGAACUCGCCCGACUCAACAACCAGGGCAUCGUCAACGCCUGGACCUCUGCCACGCAUGACAAGAAUCCUUGGAUACAGAUAAACUUGCAGAGAAAGAUGCGUCUGACGGGGAUCAUCACCCAGGGGGCCAGCCGCAUGGGCAUGGUGGAGUUCAUUAAGUCAUUCAAGGUGGCUUCCAGCUUGGAUGGCGUGACGUACACCAUGUACCAGUCUGAGAGCCAAGGGGGCGAGGAGGUCUUCAUCGGAAACGUGGACAAUGACAGCGUCAAGACCAACCUGCUGGACCCACCCCUGGUGGCACAGUACAUGCGCAUCAUCCCUGUGGUGUGCCACAAGGCCUGCACGCUGCGCAUGGAGCUGAUGGGCUGCGAGCUCAACGUGUAUUUAAACAUGGCAGGUUGCUCUGAGCAUUUGGGCAUGAAGUCUCGCCUUAUCUCGGACGGCCAGCUGUCGGCCUCCAGCGCCUUCCGCACCUGGGGAAUCGACGCCUUCACGUGGCACCCCCACUACGCCCGGCUCGACAAGCAGGGCAAGACCAACGCCUGGUCCGCGGCCAGCAACAACCGCUCAGAGUGGCUGCAGGUGGACCUGGAGACACCGAAGCGACUGACUGGCAUCAUCACCCAGGGAGCCAAAGAUUUCGGUGUGGUUCAGUUUGUUACGGCCUUCAAGGUGGGAUACAGCAACGAUGGGCACUCCUGGACUGUCUUUAAAGACCAGAAGACUGAGACAGAUAAGAUUUUCCAAGGCAACAUUGACAACAACGUGCAUAAGAAGAACGCAUUUGAUCCGCCCUUCUACGCCCAAUUCGUGCGCAUUCUUCCGUGGGAGUGGCACGAGCGCAUCACGCUGCGAAUGGAGCUGCUGGGAUGUGACGACUAGCUACGCCCAGCCACUCAGGGCCUCCACCUUGUCUCCGCCCCAUCCUUGCCCCGCCUUCUGAGUGCUGCCUCCCUGCCAUGCCUGCACUUGCUGUCCUCAACCACAGGGGGCAGAGUCUCACCUGUCCCAGCUGCCUGUGAAGGUUUCAUCAGCCGAUCGCAUCCUUUGAACUUCAACUUCCUCUUCAAAUCAUGGCAAUAAAUCCCAGGAUCUCAUUUUCAAUGAGAAACAUCUGAUGAGUAUUAAUGAUAUACACAGUCCAAGCUGUUCAGGGCUGGACCAUGAUGUGAUGCAGCCUUUGCUGAGACGUUUGUCAUCGUGUCUCAGGGACUUCGUAAUGCUGCUUGUUUUAUUUGCUGUCUAGCUUGUAUCGUGAUGUAGUGAAUCAUUAUUGUAGAUAUCAGAGGGUAGAUGUUUUCUAAUAAAUUUAUUUUAAAAAGGCUCAUAGAGCCAGAUGGUUCCACUCAGGCCCGGCCUCAUCCACAGAUAUCUCCCGCUGGAGUUUAUUCAGCCCUGGGUAGAGAUGAAAGAUGGUGGUCCUCCUCGCGCUUUCAACAAAGUCCAUCGUCCUUUUUUCUCCAAUGUAAACUUCCCGCUGGAACGGCUUCACAGAGCCUAGACCGAAAGUCGGCUGGGGGAUAUUCCGAGUUUCCGAGCAGACCCUCGCAAAGGUGUCCCUUACGGCUUUCUCAAAGACAAAGUGAAAAACACCAGAUGGUGCAGGUUUUAUACUCUUAAGAAUUCUGAUGUCACUCCACUGAAGGCUGUCACUGAUGUAGGUUGUAGAUCAGAGCAAUGGGCUUUGUGACACCAUUCAAUGCAUUCAGUGUAGCUCUGGUUAAUUGCAGUGAAUGACGGCUGUUGGUGUAAAGAUGCCGAAGGUUGUCCUCUUGGGGGCGCUCUCUCCGCUCCACCUCUGCGUUUGCUUCACUGUCUGGCUGCCAGUUCCAACAUGUCCACAAUGCUCAUGCUUCGAGCAUGACGUCACCCCCACCGGCCUCCCGGCCUGUCAUCCACAGCCCCCGAGGAAAGAGACGUGCCGGCCUCCGUGUUACCUUUGCCGCCCCCCCCCCCCCCCCCCCCCGCCGCUGCGCUUGUUGAAAAGUCGGUCAAAAUUGAUGAUAGUUUACGGAUUUUACCAGGAGAGAAUCAAAGGUGUGACAAGAAAGGCUUGGAUGGGGAUGUGUUUUCAGGGUGUGACACACACAGUUAGAGAGAUGAAAGGGACGACCCAGACUGUGCAGAAAGUCACGUGAAUUUAAUCGGAAAUGCCUCCUCACACAAUGCACUCACCCUGAAAUGGGGGAAUUCAGUGAUCUGUAUAACACACAGGCUGACUGUGAUACGCUGUUACGUGACCCAUUGUUCUGCUGUCUGAGAUGCAAGAGAAAUUUUCAAUGUGUUUACUCUAAAACAGUAACAUGUUUAGUUACUAUAGUUAAAUAUAGCAGAAAUCUUUUGAUAAAAUCACUAACCUGAGUCCUGUUGCUGGUGUUUAAUAUGAUUCAUACUUACAUAUUACUAAGAGUCAAGAUGUAUCGGUUGGGGGGAAGUAAUAGAUUUAUUAGUGUAAAUGCUUUGUUGUAGCUGUUAUUAGACAGCUGGCAUUGUCGCAGAUUUGUUGAGGAUUUUAUUACCUGUUGAUCUUCACUUGUGAUUGUUCUUGAGUAACACUAAUGUAUAUCUGGUGAAACGAGCCUCAGCUUGUGGCCAGCAGGUGGCGUACUUAGAGGUGAGUCUGCCAACUGCGGUGCCUUCAGGUGAAGUAAUAACGGCGAAAGGCUUAAACGAGCAUCAGCUGUAUUUGUGCGGAAGCUGUACGGAACACAAACUGCUUUUGAUGCAGGUGUCUGCUAGUCGAAAUAAACGGACGAUCUGAGGGGUGAGAUUCAGAAA